AAGCAGACGCAGUCGAGUCACUUGGUGAAAAGUGGCUAAAGACAAAGGACACAACUCCCCUGUGAGAAGGAACAGAGCCUAGUUUCAUCCCCUCAGAGCGGCGUGCCACAUUUGGGUGUGUGACGGCAGAGAUUUGCUUUUGGACACUCCGGCCCUUUUCCAGGGGAAGUUUGGCCGCCUCACGAUGGAACAAAAAGCCCGACUGAGGAUGGAGGAAGUCACACUGAUAUCUCGUCUUUGAGAAAGGUCUCUUAGUGCCCGGCCUAUGUCCCCUUUCCAAGAUAAACCCAAUUUAAACCCUCACCUUCCCUGCAAUCGUCUAAAAACACAAAAGCGCCUCUCUUCCGAGCGACUGAGAGGUUUCCACGGCGAUGGUUGUCAUGAUGCAGAUUUAGCUUCCUGAAGGUGGUGGCCAACGACCCGAGAUGGGCAGCACUCCGUAUCCAGGCGGCGAGUGGAAGGGGAAAGGCAAAGGAAGCCUCCAGGACUUGGGGUGCAUGCCUUGGAAGGUCAGCAAGCAGAAAGCUGGUGGAGGGGAAGUAGUGCGAGCAGAGAAGCGAGAGCUUUCAUCCUCCUCGUCUUCGCUCACGGCGCCGCCACUUCUUCAACCUUCACCGGCGCGUCCGGCUAUUUACCACGAGAAGCAGCGGCGGGAGCUGUGCGCCCUGCACGCGCUCAAUAACGUCUUCCAGGACGGCUCGGCCUUCAGCAGGGACACGUUGCAGGAGAUCUACCAGAGGCUUUCUCCCAGCACUCUGGUGGCGUCUCACAAGAAGAGCAUGCUGGGAAACGGUAACUACGACGUGAAUGUCAUCAUGGCUGCCCUGCAGACGCGAGGCUUUGAGGCGGUUUGGUGGGAUAAAAGAAGAGACGUCAGCAGCAUUGAGCUGUCCAACGUGACCGGCUUCAUUCUCAACGUUCCGUCCAAUCUCCGCUGGGGACCACUACAGCUGCCGCUCAAACGCCAGCACUGGAUUGGGGUGAGAGAAGUCGCAGGGGUCUACUACAACCUGGACUCCAAGCUGCGAGGCCCUCAACCAAUCGGGAGUCCAGAUGAUCUCAGGAAGUUCCUGCGCCAGCAGCUCCGAGGGAAGAACUGUGAACUUCUGUUGGUGGUGUCGGAGGAAGUGGAAGCGCAACAAACAUGGCGCUCUGACAGCUGAGGACUAAAGCAGCCAAUCACAGCCUGCGGUUGAGAUUCAUUUGAGUGAGGGCCUUUUGCUUCCUUGUGGAAUAUAGUUUCUUUUUGAGAGGUGGAGGAGUUUGUUUACACCAUUAAUGGCGGGAUUCUCCUCAUUGGACACAAAGCAAUGAAGGAAACUUUCCAGGGAGGAUUUAAGAGUUAUUUACAUCAAGGAAGAUUAUUCAAUUUCUGCUCUUCUUGCGUUUUUUAUACAACAUAUCUUGAUUUGUGAUCUGCUGGUUUAUAUAUUUUGUUUUCUUUUUUACUCUUCAAGUCUCCAAAGUGGUCGGAGUACUCUUGAAGAUCAUUUCGUUUCUUCUUUAUCAGAGGGUAUUGUUUAUUUGCCGAUCCUUCACUUUCACCAAAGCGUGCCCUUCUUCACUUUGUUGUGAUGACGUCUCACUCCUUGUUGUCAGAGGUCACUUUUUGUGUUGCAGCCACAGGAACAGAGCGAGCCUUUACCCUACAAUCUUGUUUUUUGGGAGUGUGGGGGGCAAAACAACUCCAGCACUCCCUCUAGUGGUUCUUGCUGUAGUUGCAGCCUCUUUUUUUUUCUCCUCAAACUGUAGUAGUGGUCAAAGAAAUAUUGCAAUACUACAUGUAUUUACUACAGUGGCUGAUGCAGGAAAAUGUGCAGCAAUGUACAAAAGCAGCGGGAAAAUGCUGCAAUCACAUAAAUGAUGCAGGAUUAAGAAGAAAAAUUAUGCAGAUGCCAUAAACAAACCUCAGAAACAACAGCAUGGGAUAAAUGCUGCAAUUUAACAGAACCAAGUGGAUGUUAGCCAACAAGACAUAAUAUUUAAUAUUGUAGAGCAACUGAUUUUUAUUUAGUUGAGAUGAUUUCAGCAAUGUUUGUUUUUUCUGGGCAUCCCACGAAUGCAGUGGUUCUCAAACUUUUUUUUUUACCAAAUACCAUUUCAGAAAAAGCUUGGCUCAUAAGUACCACCACAAUGACCAACAUUGAAAUACAGUCACGUAGUAGGCCUAAGCAGUCAUUAAAAACAAGGCAGAGGUUUUAUUUAACAAGUAUACGGUAGUUAAUAUUUUUUGCCACUGUAAGAUAACACACGAUGCAUAAACAUCAACAAUGUUACUCCAUAUGCAGUACACAUUUACAGACAUCUUUGGCGUACUACUAGAUGGAGCCCGCGUACGUACCACAGUUUGAGAACCACUGCGCUAAUGUCUUAAUAAAAACGGCUAACAUCUGUUUUGUCCUGUGAACUUGCAGCAUUUCUCUCAUGCACUUGUUUUGGGUUUUGCAGUGUUUUUUAUUUUUAUUUUUUACAUCCUGCAUUGCUCAUGCAAUCACAGCAUUUCCCCGAUGCAUGUGUUUUAUGGAUUGGACUAUGCCCCUGUCAUCCACUCUAAUGGACUGCCCCUAAACGACAGUCUAUUAUGGAAAGAAUCAUUUCACCAAACAAUGCCCAUGUUGCACAAUUCAUUUUCAUGCACAAAACAAUCGCAGUGUGACGUGUAUAAGCUAUCUUUUUGUGUGCGUAAUAGUGUAUCGAACGAGUCUGAGUCUAUCGCUUGUGGCUUCAGCGAGUUCAAAGUUCAACCGGCAGUCAGGUUACUCUUCAGGCAGUGGAUAAAAAGCCAAUUUAUCUUCAUCAGGCGGCUCUCAAUGGACCUUUUUGGGGUAUUUUGCUCAAUUUAAGUUGAGUCCAAACCCUUCAGUCACAGUGUUUGGUCUUUUUACAUUUGUUUUCCCAGUGAUCCUUGAUGUUAAAACAAUGAGGAGGAUAUAGGUAUAUAAUGAUAAACAAUGAUGUCUGUGUGUGUGUAUAUAUAUAAUUUUUUUGCACAAUCUAAUGAUAUCCAUGCCUUUUCUAAGAUCAUGAGAGGUCAAUCUAUAAUUAUAAUUACCAUAUUUUGCCACAUGAGAUGGGAAUAAACCCUUGAUUAAGUAAAUAUCAAAUCUAAAUAAAGUUGGAGAGUGUAUAAUGUUGGAUGUCAUGAUAUUGUGUAAUUGGUAACAUAAAUUGCAUAUAUGACACGUUGGAUUUCAUGAAAAUUCCACCAAACUUUUAAGCCGGGGGUGUCCAAACUACAUAAUUGAUAAUCAAUACAGAGAAUUUGAAGGAUGAGGGGGCUACUUUGAUACAUUUUGUACAAUAAAGAUACUAAAACCAAUACAAUGUAGGUCAGGGUUAUUCAACUGUCGACUGGAGGGACCAUAUUGCCCCUGUGGUUUCACUUGAAAACAUUUUUGCAGAAAAUGUGUUAGAGUGGUCCUGUUGUAUGGAGGAACUUGGACCUUUGUAAACACACUGGCAGAUCCUCGCAUUGACAUUUUAACCUUGCUAGCAAGCAUAAAACACUGGGGUUCAAACUUGUGAUUUACUUAACUGAGGCGUUCCUCAAGGCACCCCGUGAAGUCCUCUCCUACACACUUUAUUUUUUUGGUAAUGUGAUUUGCGUAACUAAGGUGAUGCUGUAGCUUUUUUUUCUACUUUAGUUAUACUAGUGCGUUGCUCAAGGUUGCGUUUUAAGUCCACUCUUUUUCAUCAUUUGGGCUAUUCUAUUCAACUGGUGUUCAGUUAAAAAAAAAUUGUGAGAGACUCACAUUUUUGCUGCGGAUUCUUAAAAACACAAAAGUGCUGUCUUAGAUAUGAUCUUUGACUAGCUUUUUUGCACGAGGUCCUUAAAAACGGCAUAGGGCUCCUGUAACUCUGACCAAAUAAAUAGACUAAAAUCAAAUGUCUUGUAGAGGACGGUGGUUCUCCAGAAUAUACAAAUUAGAAAGAAUAGCAAAAUGAGAAGUCCGGCCCCCUGGACCCCCCCCCCCCCC